GAAGGCCACAAGAAGAGGAGGAGGAGUUUUGUUUACAUGUGGACCAGCAAGAUUUGAAGGGAGAGGAAGAAAAUGCAUUAACACCUUCACAAAGCACCUAAUAUUACCUUCCAUAUAACCUUACGUACGUAGAGAAGUCCAGGAACCAGAUGAUCAGAGUAAAACAGGAAUGCCAAAAGGAAGGAGGAAUAGUCAUGUAACCUAACCCUCCCCCAAGAAGAGUAAACCAACCCAAAAGAGAGAAACUAAUAUCACUUUUAUCCAACAGCUAGAAGAAAAAAAAGAAUGCAGGAAGUAUGAGGAAAGAAUAGCCAUGUAACACGCCUCAAAGAGAGAAGAUUAAACAAAAACUCAAACCAAGAUAGAAGAACAAAAACAAACAAACCGAUCAUCUCCAACAACUAAACAAGAACACAAAAAGAGGAAGAAAAUAUGAAGGAAGAAUAGCCAUGUAACACGCCUCAAAGAUAGAAGAUUAAACAAAAACUCAAACCAAGAAAGAAUAACAGAAAAAAACAAAUUGAUUAACUCCAACAACUAAAACAAGAACACAAAAAGAGGAAGGAAUAUGAGGGAAGAAUAGCCAGAAGAAGAACUAACCAAAACUGUAACCAACCAAGAAAUAAGAGUAAACAGGGCAACCCAACCUCUCCCCUUCCCCCCCACCACCGCCAUGAGGAUCAGCUGUGAGGUACAAGUCAACAACCGGCGCAUGAUGACCCUGGGCUCGGCGGGGCGGCGGCGGGGCAGCCAGUCCACCCUAGGCAUCGGCCACGCCCCGGGUGCCCCCGCCCACCUGGACAACCUGUUUGUUCACCUGUGCACUGCCCAGAACAAGCAGGGAACCAAAUACAAGGUGUCAGGCAACAUCGAGGCCGUCUUCACCAAGUUCGUCAGCGAGGGCAAGUUCACCAUCCGCUUCAAGGAGCCCGAGGAGGACCUGUCUGUCAAGGCCGACCCCGUGCUGGCCAAGAGCUUCCUGCACACAUUGAAGGCCGGGCUAGCCAACCGUAACCUGGAGAAGCUGCACCUCUCGAAUCUGUGCCCGGCCAAAAGCACACAGCUGGAGAAACCACGCACCAGGCUGGCCAUCACCAAGCGCUCCGACUACCCCCUCGCCACGGGCUUCCCUCGCACCCUGGAGGAGCUGAGGAUCAACAAAAUCCAGCUGAGUCGCAUUGAGGCACGCAUAGUCAAGCUGCCGCGCCUUCACACCCUGGACCUUGGCUUGAACCAGGUGUCCGUCCUACCCAUCGGCUUAGGGUCCAUGUCCUCCCUCACCCACCUGGACCUGCGGGAGAACCACCUGUCCGCCAUCCCCGCCCAGGUGUUUGCCGGGAGCCUGAGGAACACGCUGGUUUCCCUCGACCUGGCGCAGAACCUGCUGACGUACCUGCCCCACACCAUCACCAGCCUCCACAACCUCCUCACGCUGCGCCUCGACGGGAACAGACUCAUCAAGCUCCCGCUCUCCCUUGGCAAGCUCACCAACCUCAGGUGUCUCUCCGUGAGCAACAACAAGCUCAUAGAUUUGCCGGCAUCCGUGCGGCGGCUGCGUCUCAACAUGCUGGAGGUGUGCGAAAACCCCUUCACCACACCCCUGGGCAUCGUGGAGGACCGCCUGGCACACACCACCAUCAGGGGGCCGCCCAGCCUCAGGGAGAUAGUGGCGAGGGUGUGCGUGAAGAAGAGCCUCAGACCCAGCCCAGCAGACAUCCCCGCCACACUCGUCCAGUACCUCGAGGGCUACACCCACUGCCUGUGUGGCCGGCCGUGCUUUGAGUCCCACCUUCUGGCCGUGGUGCCCCUGGACCUGGAGCGCCUGUCCACCUCCAUCGUGGUGAAGCAGGUGUUCCGCUCCACCGUCCCCGCCAUGGCCGCCCUCUGCUCCCAACGCUGCUGGGAGAUGUCCAGGAAGAGGUGAUGGGGGAUGAGGAAUGGGGGUGUGAUGGGUGAUGGGGGUGGGGGGUGUUGGUCUUGCUAUAGCCGUGUCGCCUGUGACUGAGGUGUGCAUUAUUGCGCUCUAAUGACCUGCUGUCACUCGGAGUGCUUGUGUUCGUGGAUAAUGAAUGACAACCUACACUUGGGAAAUAGUUGUCAGUAUCAGUUCUUUGCAGACUGCAGUAACGAAUAUCCUGAAUCAUGAAUUUCAGAUAAUUAAUUAUGACACAAGCAGGAGCUUUGUUAUACUUUGCCUGCAGUGCCAGGGGUGUUUAAUAUUUAUAAUGAGUGGUGUUAUAAAUGAGCAAAACAGCAGCCUGUGACAUUAAUUUCAAACUCAGAAGCAACCCAAAUUGACAGCACUCAUCAUUGUCUCAUGCAUGUUGUUGAUACUGGCAGCCAUUUCCUGUGUGCAGGCAGCAGUGGUGGGCACGGUUCCGCUAACCGCUAAAUAGCGAAGCUAACUUUUCGUUAGCUAAUUAGCGGUUUUGCUAACUUUUGAAACGGUUAGCGGACCAAUUAGCUUCCUCUAAGUGUAGUUCCUCCUCCGCUAACUUUAAGUCCACUAAAAAAUCAUACAGGUUUGUUCUUGACCGUUGUGGGCGGACGCAGCACCAGUUGAGCCACAUGGCGCAAUAAUUCCAGGGCUUCCACUUUUGGGUAAAUUACGCCUCAAAGUUGAGUAACUGGACAAUUAUUAGGGAAACUUUUUGGUAUUUUAGGGUAAUGCAUCUUUCAUUUCCAACUCUUUGAACUCGGAAUUUAAUUACAUAUUUAAUUUCAGGAGACUAGGUCUGUAUUUAAGGAUUUUAGAGCCAAAAUACUAAACCAAAGCUAAAUCCAUAUAAAAAGUUAGCUGUUAGCGGUUAGCGGUGCCCACCACUGGCAGGCUGUCACGUAUUAUCUUGAAAUCAGACGUGCCGUGUGCCAGCAGGUUGCCAGAGCACGAUAAUGCUCACCCCAGACUUGGGUGCCAUGACUACAGUGAAGAGGUUUUUGUGCGUGAUUAGAUUUUUAAUCUUUUUUACGUAUUAUUUUCACUUUUCAUUAUUCAUUUCUUUUUGUUGCCUUAUUCUCUUUAUUUUUCUUCAUUUUUUCCUUCCUCUUAUUUCUUUAUUUUAUUUAGUCUUUUUUUAGCUUUUGCAAUUUGUCAAGGACCGGAAUUGCCUGUUUUGCAGUAAGGGUCUGGUAACAGUGUGUGUGUACCUGUGAUAGACGUGUGAGUAGAUUUUAAAUUUUUAACUUAUUUUCAUUUUCAUUCAUCAUUUUCCGUCAUUUCUUUAUUCUAUUCAGUGGUUUUAGUUUUGACCCUUUCACUACGGCCGGGCCAAAACAGCGCCCCGCAUCGUAUCCGGGAUCGCUGUGCGCGCCAAAUUUCAAAUGUCACUAUUGAAUAUAACAAGUUUUCAGCCAUAAACUCAACAUAAUCAUCAUGUAUUAUAUAUGAAAACAUGCAGGAUUAAAUGGUGCACAUAAAGAAACAUAAAUUAAUUGAUAAUUUUGAGAUGUAAGCAUAAAUAUAGAGAUAAAAUAACUCGUAUAUUGGCUAAAGCGAGCCAGGACGCAGUAUGCACGUCCUCGGAUAUGGUACGGGGCACGCAAGGCACAGUAUACGCAUCCUCGUGUUGAAGGGGUUAAUGUGCCAUCUUUUUCUUUACCAGUGAAAUUUUGAUUACUGGAGUUUUACUGUAUUAUUUAUUAUUGUAUUAGGUUCUAGCAUUAUACAUAAGGCAUUUUUUUUUGUGAGUGUGUGUGUGUGUGAGUGUGUGCUACUCUAAUAUUUUCCAAGUCAAUCACCGUUUUGUUUCUCAUUUCUCAUUAUCAUUCUAUUAAGUCAGUGUCAUAUCCUGUCACCCAUCUCUUAGUCCUAAUCAUUGCACACCCUCAACCCAACACAACUAAAGUCCGUAUUCUUAAACAUAUCAACACCUCAGUUCGCCAGGUCGUCAAGCCUCAUGUCGAAGUUGCAGGGCUUUCCGUGGACUGUUUCUUGAUCCCAGUGAUAGUUUUACACGUCCUCUGCACCAUGAACGGGAAAACACCAAUGGAAACCUGGUUAAUCUGUGGCCUUGGGAAAUCAGUCGAUAUUUUUAACCCAGUAGCUGCGGGGAUCAUGUUUCUCAAAGGCCCCCUCUAAGCGAGAAAAAUGAGAAAAAUCAUCACUCACGCAAACUGUUUCACAAUAUAUAUCAAUGCAUAUGUGAUCAGUUUAUGCAUCAUCUAUUUUUUGGGGUUUAUAUCAUGGCGAAAAUUUGGACCAUUGCUGCUACAUGGUAAAGCCACAAAUUUGGCCCGUCGCUGGUACAUGAUAAAGCCACAAAUUUGGCCCGUCACUGGUACACGGUAAAGCCACAAAUUGG